AUGUCACAUCCAGGAUCAAAGUGGUCCUAUAUCGGUCCUGAUGGAGAAAAACUGUGGCCGAAGAAGUACCCUUUUUGUGGAGGAGUCUUCCAGUCUCCCAUUGACUUCCACAAUGAUAUUCUCCAGUAUGAUUCCACACUUUUGCCAAUAGAACUGGAAGGCUAUAACGUAUCUUCUGCUGUCAAGUUUCUUUUGACCAAUAAUGGACAUUCAGUAAAAAUGAAUCUUUCUUCUGCCAUGCGCAUCCGGAAUCUCUCUUUCCAGUACUCGGCAGCGCAGCUCCACUUGCACUGGGGAAAUCGGAACAAGCAGGAAGGAUCCGAACACACAGUCAGUGGGAGGCAUUUUGCUGCUGAGCUGCACAUUGUUCAUUAUAACUCUGACCGAUAUCCGGAUCCGAAAUCAGCAGUCGACAAGUCCAGUGGGCUGGCUGUCCUGGCAGUCCUGAUUGAGACAGGCCAAUUCAAUCCAUCGUAUGAAAAGAUCUUCAGCCAUUUCCAGCACGUGAAAUACAAAGAUCAGGAAACAAUUGUUCCAGGUUUCAAUGUCCAAGAUUUGCUCCCAGAUAGACUGGAUGACUACUACCGCUAUGAAGGAUCUUUGACCACACCUCCAUGCUAUCCAACUGUUCUCUGGACAGUUUUCCGAAAACCUGUACAAAUUUCAGCAGAACAGCUGCUGGCUCUGGAAACCACACUAUACUGCACCCAGUCGAACGAUCCUGCCCCUCUUGAAAUGGUGGACAAUUUCCGGAGAGUUCAGGAAUUUGAUGAAAGGCUGGUUUCUGUCUCCUUCCAACAAGGUUUUGUCCUCUUUGUGGUAUUAGCCAGCGUCCUCGGCAUUGUCUUUGUUGCCAUGGUAGCCUUUUGGCUGAUUCGAAGGAAGAGCCUCCAAAGGGCAAAGGAAGAGAAAGGGGUAAUCUACAAGCCAGCGGUCACCACAGAGGAGGAGGUGGAGGAGAACCUCUCCAAAGCUUAAACUUCUGCAGUGCUAAAGCUUUACCCGGCCUUGAAGGCUGGAUGAGCCAAGCUUUAUUGACUCUUUGCCAUGUUUAUCGGCCAAGUUGGGUUUUCUGAUUCCUUGAGUGCAGAGAGGGCUCUUCUCCCUGGUGCAACAGGAUUUGAGAAGGCAAACAGAGACUGGUGUGAAGGGAUCUCCCUCCAAAGAACCACAUAAUGGUUUAGGAGAGGUUCAGGGGCUUGCUUAAUCUUAUAGCAUCUAAAUGUGAGAUUUAUGAAUGAUAUAAAUAAUAAUAAUAAUAAUAAUCUGCCUCAAAAAAAGCUGCUCAUGUUUAUCUACUGAAUAGAUGAAUCUCACAUUUGAUGAGAUUCUAACCCAUGAAAUUAUUACUACUAACAUGUAUUAGGAAUAGAUCACCAGGAUACUUAAGUGUUGAUGUUAACUUCUUAGAGGCAUAAUGUGUAGUUCAGUUAUCUCUUUUAAGUCCACUGAUUUCAACAGGGCUUACCUGUCUGCUUAAUCUCUUCCAUUUAAGGCUAAGAUAAGCUAUAUCAGACAUGACUGCUAAGAAAUGCAUGGGGGCUUAUUCCAUGGGUGUAGAAUUAUGGCCUAUGUUUUGUACUUGGGUCUCUGGAAUCGAAGACCAAGCAUCUCAGGUUUUAAGAAUAGUCCAGACCGAAGAAGGCUGGCUCAGGUAGUUAAUGAGUAAAACAUGGGUCAAAUGAAAUACUGAUGCCAUCUACUCUGAGAUUAUGGUGAACUAAUAUUAUCGGAGGGCUACAUAAAUCUUGUUUCCUUCCUACGGUGACCUCUAGGGAAGCUGCAGUUUUCUACAGGAGAGUCUACUUUAUUAUAAUCAUGAAAAUCUCUUACAGAUAAUGUGC